AUGUCCCUGUCCACUCAUUUACCAGUCAUCGACCUUGAUAUCUUCCUUGCUGGGCCUCGUGAUUCUCUGGCGGUGCUUCAAGAGUGUGAGAAGGCAGCGGAGGCUCUCAUCGUCUACGGUGCACUCGUAUUACACGACUCCAGGGUCUCUGAGCAAGACAAUUCCACGUUUCUCGAUCUGCUGGAAGAUUACUUCAGCCAGCCAGAGGCAGAUCUAAAGAAAGACGAACGUCCAGAACUUAGUUACCAAGUGGGCGUCACUCUCGAAAACACGGAGAAACCCAAGUGCGCCGUAGAUGAACCCUGUCUGCAUAUCAUCGAGCGCCUCGAAACAUCGGAAAGACCUCUGGAUAUCUCGGCUCAUCAACCUGAUCCUAAAUGCAGGUUCUUCUGGAAAAUGAGCGAGAAACCCCCAUAUGAAACACAAUUUCCUGGCUUGAACUCCCCCAAUGUCAUCCCACAAGCUGAUCAUCUGAAGGACCGGUGGCCUCAAACCAUGCAGAAUUGGGGUAAUUUCAUGAAGAAUGCUGUUGCUGACCUCGCCGACAUGGUGGCCAUCGGGCUUGGUCUAUCUGCCGAAACCUUCAGAGAUGCUGGAAGAUAUGGCCCGCACAUUCUUGCUCCUACUGCUUCCGACCUAUCGAAGUAUAGCGAGAAAGACACUAUUUUGGCUGGCUUUCAUUCAGACCUUAAUUUUUUGACCAUCCAUGGCCGUUCUCGCUAUCCCGGCUUAAAUAUCUGGGCACGCAACACGGGCAAACGUAUACCUGUCACUAUCCCGCAAGGCAAGAAUUUGUUGGUGCAAGCUGGGAAACAGCUUGAGCAUAUCACUGGUGGACUGAUCAAGGCAGGCUUCCACGAAGUUGUCGUCAACGAACAAACCCUUGCUGUCAUCGAGCAACGGAAAGUGCAAUUCCCCAAUCGACCCCUGAUUCGAAUUUCCUCGACCUUUUUUUGGCAUCUGUCAUCAGAUUAUGAUUUGGUGCCCAUAACCGCACUGGCCCAGCGAUCUCAGGAUUUUAAGACUGAUGCUGAAGAAGAAGAGACAGUUUACCCACCAAUGAAGGUGGGAGAGCAGGUAUCCAAUGAGCUCAAGCACAUCGCGCUAAUGGCCUGA